CACUAAAAUACUUUUAGCGCUUUGUAAUAAACAUGGCGUCAGAGGGCGAAAACGUUGUGAUGGAAAGUCCAGGUCGACGCACACGUUCCGGACGCAAGGCCGCUUCGCCGGCUGCAUCACUACCAACUCGGAGCACCCGACGCACAUCCAAGCGGAACAUACAGCUAAGCGACCACGAAGAAGAACCCGAGGAGCAGGUGAUCAUGAUACUGGAUGAGGAGGAGCCAUUUGCAGGUGCGGCCACCGAAGAGGCUGCCCCGCUGGAGCCCCAGUUCGAGGAGAUGCAGCACCAGCUGGACGACGAUGUGGAGAUGUUGACGCCCGCCGAAACUGGCGGCGUGGAUGAGAAGAGCUCCUCCUUUCCGUUUGGCACGGUGGCGGAGCAGCAUUCAGAGACCAGCGAUGAUAUUAAGGAGAGUCGCGGCCAGGCCGGCGUUGAUACUUUGCUGGCCUCAAUGGCCGGCGAUAAUGCCAAUAGUUUACCCUCCGUGGGUGGAAACGAUGAGAGUGACAACGCAAACAAGAAGGCGGACUUUGAGUACAAUGUGGAGGCCCUGCAGCCGCAGACAGAGAAACUGAAUUCAUCUGAGGACUCUAGCUCACACCAUGCUAUAGCUGAGGAUCUGGCCGAUGAGGCGGACACCAGCAAUGCCACCAUAGUCAACACAGAGAUCAUCUCAGAGGACGAACUACCUCCUCCCAGCAAGCCGGAGAUCAACGAUGCCGAGGAAGUGUCCGACGAAGAGCUUCCGGCACCGCAAAGGGCCGAACUACCAGCGGAUGCUGAGGUGAUCUCCGAGGACGAGCUGCCCACCCACAACAACAACAAUACCGCCAGUGAGCCCAAGGCUCCUGUGAAGCGCAAGGCGGAAAUAGAAACAGAUAAGGACACUGAAGAUAAGGAGACAAUCAGUCGUGAAACGAGCGCAAAAGAAAAGUCUGAGGAACAAUAUAAUCCGGGGAGUCCCACGUCGGAGAGCAAUGAUGCACAGCCCUUGGAGAAAAGGGUGAAAAUAGAAGAAUCCGAGCCAAAGGACAAGAAGAAGGAAAAAGAGCGUGAUAAGGAGAAAGAUAAGGAAAAGGAUAAGGAUAAAGAGAAGGAUAAGGACAAGGAAAGGGAGCGUAAAAAGCUUCCUGACCUAGAAAAAUACUGGAGGGCUGUCAAAGAGGACUCCACCGACUUCACCGGCUGGACAUACUUGCUGCAGUAUGUGGACAGUGAGUCCGAUGCAGAGGCUGCUCGCGAGGCUUACGACACAUUCCUGUCCCACUAUCCCUAUUGCUAUGGCUACUGGCGCAAGUACGCCGACUACGAGAAGCGCAAGGGUAUCAAGGCCAACUGCUACAAGGUGUUUGAGCGCGGCCUGGAGGCGAUUCCAUUGUCGGUGGAUCUGUGGAUCCACUACCUGAUGCACGUCAAGGCGCACCAUGGAGACAAUGAGCAGUUUAUCCGCAACCAGUACGAGCGGGCGGUGAAGGCGUGUGGCCUGGAGUUCCGAUCGGACAAGCUCUGGGAUGCCUACAUCCGCUGGGAGAACGAGUCGAAGCGCUAUAAUCGUGUGGUGCAGAUUUACGACAGGCUACUAGCCAUACCCACUCAGGGCUACAAUGGCCACUUUGACAAUUUCCAGGAUGUGAUCAAUCAGCAUGCUAUUACCAGCACAAUUGGCAACGAGGAACUCGUCCGCCUGCGCAAAGAAUUUCAUGAACGUCAGCAGAGCAAGUCCUCCAAGUCCUCGUCCAAGCACCGUCGUGAUAGCAGCAGCUCCAAGGAUAAGGAGAAAGAGAAGGACAAAGACAAGGAUAAGGACAAGGAAAAGGAGAAAUCUAGCGGUGGUGCUGGUAAGUCGCCCAAAGAUAUUAGUGAAACUCAUGUCGAUGAAUCAGAUAGUACCACCGAUCUGACCGAAAGCGAGUCAUCGCCUGCAGCUUCAAAGGCCCCACUGCCUCAGAUCGAUUUCAGUGAUCUUAACACGCUAAGUGAGGAGGAGGUGGCCAGCAUAAAGGACAGGGCCAUAUCGGCGCGACGUAAGAUUCACAAGGUGACCGUGGGCGCAGUGACUGCCCGCUGGUCCUUCGAGGAGGGCAUCAAACGACCCUACUUCCAUGUGAAGCCCCUCGAAAGGGCGCAGCUCAAGAACUGGAAGGACUACCUGGACUUUGAGAUCGAAAAAGGAGAUCGCGAGCGCGUCUUGGUUCUGUUUGAGAGAUGCCUAAUCGCCUGUGCUUUGUAUGACGAGUUCUGGUUGAAGAUGCUUCGCUAUCUGGAGUCUUUGGAGGACCAGAGCGGAGUCACCAAACUGAUUCGCGAUGUCUUCAGUCGCGCCUGUCGCAUCCACCAUCCGGAGAAGCCUAGCCUGCACCUCAUGUGGGCCGCCUUCGAGGAGUGCCAGCUCAACUUCGAUGUCGCCGCCGAGAUACUGCAGCGCAUCGAGCAGCGUUGUCCCAAUCUCCUGCAGCUGGCCUACCGACGCAUCAACGUGGAGCGACGUCGCGGAGCGCUGGACAAGUGUCGCGAGCUGUACAAGCACUACAUAGAGAGUACAAAGAACAAGGGCAUUGCCGGCAGUCUGUCCAUCAAGUAUGCCCGUUUCCUCAACAAAAUCUGCCACGAUAUCGAUGCGGGUGUGGCUGCACUGCAGCAGGCACUGGAACGAGAUCCGGCCAACACUCGGGUGGCCCUGCAAAUGAUCGAUCUGUGCUUGCAGCGCCCCAAAGUGGACGAACAGGAGGUGGUCCAGAUCAUGGACAAGUUCAUGGCCCGCGCGGACAUCGAAGCCGAUCAGAAGGUCCUGUUUGCCCAGCGCAAAGUUGAGUUCCUUGAGGACUUUGGCAGCACGGCGAGGGGUCUGCAAGACGCCCAACGUGAUCUCCAGCAGGCACUAAGCAAGGCCAAGGAAGCUCAGAAAAAGAGCGAUAGCAGUCCUAGUCGCAAGAAUUCGUCGGGUGGCAAAGAGGGUACCGCUCCUUCCGGACCCGGAUCCUCAACCUCGGCGGCGGCCUACAACAAUGGUGGAGCGGGCGCGGCAGCGGCAGGCUACAAUUAUGGAGCGGCCAAUGCCGCCGCCUACUACGGCCAGCAGAAUGCCGGCGGCGGAGGAGGACCCUAUCCGCCACAGCCGCCGCAGCAGCAGGCCUCCUACGACUCGUACUACAAUCAGUGGGGCUAUGGACCCGGUGGUGCCAGCAGCGGCGGCAGCAGUAGUGGCGCCGGCUACAACUACGGCCAGUGGAGCGGCUAUGGCAACUACUACUGAGAGUUAAGCUUAGAUGUAAUCCACCACCAGCCACUCCCACUCCCUGUAGCUCUAAGACUCCCGCCCCCAACUCGAUUAGUUACGCCUUGCUCUGCUCUGUUAAGUUAUAGACGUCUAAUAUUAAUUUUAUAUCGCGAUUCCUAAUAAUACAUAUGGAUAUGUAAGAGACGACAACAAAAACCACCACCACCAC